AUGCAUUUCAAAAGGAUAGCUUUUGUCUUCCAUCUCCUCCUAACCUCCGCGUCGGCCACACACGACGCGAAGCCAUUUGCACAUCCAGGGGCAUUGCAUACAAACCAAGACUUUCAAAGAAUAAGAGAGAAAGUGAAAGCCAAAGCAGAGCCAUGGUACCGCGGAUGGCAGCAUCUUCAGUCUGCGAAGUUGGCCCAGACAGCAUGGACCCCUCAACCACACGAGGUGCUUGUCCGCGGCACCAAUGCUACGUGGCAGCCAACGCCUGCACAAAACUACGGAGACGCAUAUCGUGAUGCUCACUCCGCUUAUCAGCUUACGGUGCGUUGGCUCAUAGGUGGCAACACUUCAUAUGCCGACCACGCUGUCGACAUCCUUAACGGCUGGGGCUCAACACUACGUGAUAUCAACGGUACAGAGGACAAGUUCCUUGCAGCAGGUCUAUAUGGAUAUCAAUUUGCCAACGCAGCGGAGCUACUCCGAGUCUAUCCUGGGUGGACGAAAGCCAAUCAGUCAGUCUUCGCCACGAUGCUCAAGGAUGUCUUUGCAAAAUACAACUUCGACUUUUUAGAACAUCACAAUUACAAGACAAGCUUUUACUACGCAAAUUGGGAUUUGUGCAACAUCGCUUCACUCCAGGCCAUUGGAAUAUUUACCGACAACCGAACUAUGUACGAUUACGCUAAUAACUACUGGAAACAAGGCCUACCGGAUACCAGUGUGGUGGUCAACGGAGCCCUGCCGUAUUUCUCUAUCGCCAACUUCACAGAGGACCAAUCUGGCAAACAGCUCAUGGAAAUACAAGAAUCAGGCCGUGAUCAAGGCCACGCGACGUUGUGUAUUGCUUUGCUAGGAGUAAUUGGACAACAGGGGUGGAAUCAGGGUGUGGAUCUUUACUCCACAUACCAACGUCAGAUACUCAACGGGUAUGACUUUCUUUUCCCUCAUCAUGAAAUACUUGCUGAUGCUACUAUCCACAGUGCUGAAUACAUUGCGAAGUAUAACACCAAUCACACCGUUCCUUAUACCCCCUACACCAGCUGGGAAGGAUUACUGAGUGUCGUGGCCGAAAAGGCCCGUUUCAGCGUCCGGCCGGGAUAUGAGGCAGUCGUGUCUCAUUACGCAGGUGUCAAGCAUCUCAAUAAUUCAUGGUCGAUGGAGUAUCGGGACUAUGUCAACAAGAAUAUUAGUGCAAAUAUUGAGGGUGGCGGUGGUGACUAUGGCCCUAACUCAGGAGGAUACGAUGUGUUUGGUCAUGGCACUUUGCUUUACCGUAUUGAGUCUGACGCCUAG